AUGAAGGCCGCUACCCAGACAUGUGUUAGAAACACAGAAUAUGGAAUUAAACAAGAAAAACUGUUAAAACCAAAACACGAAGAUACAACUGAGAUGCAGCAAUGUUUUUCUAAACUAAAGGAUUUAGUGCCAUCAGUGCCAAAGGACAUUAAACUAUCUAAAACACAACUUCUUCAGCAUGUGAUUGACUAUAUUUUAGAUCUUGAAUCCACCUUAGAUGUACCCGCAGUCCUAGCAUCAGCUUCCUGUAGAUCGCCAUUGUCAGAAAAAUGCCAACCAAAUGUCAUCGGAGAUGGUCUGAAUGUUCGGACUGGAUUUCGAUCUUUAUGCUGA